AUUUAUGAAAGUACAGGUAAGUUAGGUAAGGAGAAACAAGUCACAAAAACACUUGUUCACCAAAAAAAAAAAAAAAAAAAAAAACAUGGUUUCUUCUUCUUCUUCUUCUUCAACAACACCAUGUUUACGAGUGAAAAUUCCGGCUACCGGAGAAGGAAAACUAAUGAUAAACGUCAAGUCUCCAACGUCAGAAAUGUAUGCAGAGGUGAAAGAAGCAGAUAAAGUUAAAGAUUUAGAGAAAUUGAUUAAAAAAGCAUGGGGAGAUGAUUAUAUGGCACUUUAUUACAAUUCAAUUAAAUUGAAAAGUGAUGAGUUUUUAUCAUCUUAUAAUUUGAGAGAUGGUUCUAUUGUUAGAGUUUCUGUUCUUGCUGAACCCCCUCAUCAUUAUCAAUCUAAAUCUUCAUGUGAAACCAAGAAAAAUGCCAAAUUGCAACUUGAAACAAGCAGCAGCAACUCCAAUGGUGGAAACGGCUGUGGCAGCAUUGUGUUUCAUAUGGCUAAGAUGUUAUCUCAAUUUUGCUCUUCCAUUUUUUCAAGCCAUUAAUUAUAAUUCAUUGAGGUAGAAGAUUUAUAUUAAUAUAACUUACUACUAUAUAAUCUUCGUACUUGGGAGACCUGGAAGGAGUUAGGAGGAUAGAGCGCCCUUUGCUCUU